AUGAAGCUGAAUCUUUUCAAGAACAUCAAGAAGAAGCCGUCCUCCAUUGUCACGAUGUCCUCGAACGGCAGUACAAUAGUGCUUUUCAGGAAAGAUGGGUUUCUAGAGCUGGUUGACUCCUAUACUCUUACGCCCUACUUCGCGAUGGAGUUUGAAUACAAGGCUGUUUCCAGUAGCUUUGUGGAUCCCCAUGUUGUGGCCUGCGGGACGGAGUGUGAGAAGCUUGUGUUUAUUAACACCAGAACCUUUAAUGUGUCGCAUGUGGAUGCAGACGGUGUUCCCUCCAACAUCGCUGCAAGAGCCUAUGGCCUUGACUAUGGUCGGAAUCCGUUUUAUUAUUCUACUGGCUGCAACGUGUAUGAACGAAAGGAAUUGGGCACUGACCUUGUAUACCGUGGGAGCUCUACCAUUACGUCUCUUCUUCUUUCGCCCGACCAGUCGCUGGUCAUUGGAGAUAGCAAUGGAAGAAUAAAGGUUCUGCAGUCCGAAAAGAUGGUAUCGGAGCUUCAGCUUCCUAAUGGAAAGAUCAACAUGAUAUGCCAUGUCACUGGAAAUACGUAUGUCUCUGUAUGCGACGAUGGAAGCUUCUCAUAUUUUGAUAUCAACGUAGGCCUUGUUUUACAGACAACCAAGGUAAGAGACAGCCCGCUAAAUGUGUGUGCAUAUGUAGAUGAUAGGCUCCAUUUAUCCGGGGCAGACUCGAGGAUAGUUGCAUUCUCAAGAAAUGGAGGAAAAUUCAUAAGGUCCUACCAGAUCGACACCCACUAUGCUGAAGUCAGGAAUAUUGAGGUAGACAAUGGAAGAAUACUUACUUCUGGAGAAGACACCAUCCUGAGCGUUGUGUGGGGAGGAUCCAAUAGAUACUUUGAAAACAAAAUAUUUCACAGGUCUGUUGAACUUGGAGUAUCAAGAGUCAGCAGGAUGUUUUACGUCAACAACAGGUCGUCUAUCGACUUCUAUUUACUUGAUUCUGAUGGCAGGGACCUGGAGAGAAAUAGCAACGAAAGAAGUCCUGAGACACCAGAGAGUUCGGCUGAGAAUGACGGGGAAAUAACCUUUAAACUCUCAAAGUCUUCUGCAGGGCACAUGGGAUACAGGAAACGGGGUUACGAGUACAAAGUCAAGAUAUGCACGGAAGGGAAUGCCUUUUGUUCCUCGGCCCCCUCAGACUUUAGUUAUGUGGUGUAUUCUAAUUCAAGAGAAACAAGGGUUAUAAAUCUCAAACAGGAUGAGAAUAUUGGGCUUCGAAUCAGGCUUGAGGGCGCCAAUAGAUUGAUUGCAAAAGAAGACUUGAUUGUGCUGCAAAGCUAUAGGUAUGAGAUUCUUCUGAUUGAUGUCCACAGCGGUAAAGAGCUCAGAAAAAUACCGUUCGAUGACUACAGAGAAGCAAUCUAUCUAAUAGAUGACCUAUUGAUUUUAAGCUAUUCAAAGUCUAUAUAUUCAAUAAGGAAUGAAGACAUAUUAUCAAAGAUGGAAAUAGAUGGCGAGAUUGUUGGAGCUUGCGAGUACGACGAGAAUCAUUUCAUUGUCCUGGCCAUGGCUAGAUCCAUGGAAGUUAAGAAGAAGUACUCUGUGUACAAGGUCUCUCUUGCCAAUCACACAGCAGAAAGAGUGAAGUUCUUUGAGUCCUAUAACUUAAUCACAUCUAUUUCACUGUUUAAAGACAGGAUUAUCUUUACAAACUUCAACAGCAUCCAGAUGCUUAGUGCCGAGAUGAAGGAAGAGAAAUACCCAUUGGGCGCAGUUAUAUACGGAUGCAAGGGAGUGGAGGACGAGAUUAUAAUAAUCCAGGACUCAUGGAGCAAUAUAAGGCUUGGGCUUCCGCCGAGUGUCUUUAAAGAAAAAUUUUCUAAUAAAUAG